AUGGUGUUGCUUACACUUAUGCUAGAUACCGCGUGUAUGAAAAAAACGGUUGAUUCUGGUAGCAAAGCUAUCACGACCCAAAUUUUUGAACUCCUACAGGUUAUGAGUCCAACGAUAACACAGCUACUAUUUGGACUUGCAGGGUUUUCAUUGCCUGAGAUUGUCACACAGUCAGGUGUGAGUCUAGGAUCCAGCCUAUUAGAGCCGAACAGCUGA